AUGCUGGGGGUGGGGGACGGGGGGACCCCUGUGCGGAGCUGGCGGAGACCCGGCCGAGGGGGCGUUGGCACUUUUCAGGAGCCGGCAGGUGAGCGGGCGGGUGGAAGGGGCAGCCUGAGCUCCCUCUGCCGGCUGCGGGCUGCCGGCCCGACGUCCCUCUCCGCUCCAGCGAGGAUGCAGCGAGGGUCUGGGCCUAGGAGGGGCGCAUGCUCCAUGGUGCCGCCGUGUUCCCUUGCCCUCUGCUGUGCACCCCAGCGCCUGGAGCCGCCGACCCAGACCCUGCUGCGUGCCACGGGGCACCCAGAGCAUCCCCACCAUGCCCUGGACAACCCCGGACCAGACCGGGUCCUGGCCCAACUGCCCCUGCCCUUCUGUGGGGGUGGGGAGGUCCGCGUUCUGGGGGAACAGGCCCGGGCCCCAGCCCCAGGCCUUAGGGGGCUGAGGUGUCUGUCCCUGGCCUGGACUGAGUGGCCUACCCCUCCCUAUCCCUCACACCGCGAUGGCCCUCUGUCCUCGCCAUUCCCCCAAGUGGCCCAAGUGGUACUACUCCAGGACCACCGGCUGCAGGAAUCAGAGCUGAGCCUCCUCCCCCAUGAGCCUGAGAAUCUUGCCAAGGACACCAGUGGAGGGGACUGCCCGGUCGAGUUGGAGCCUGGGGCCACUGAGCAUGCUGUCCUGGAGGCCGGAGGGCCAGCAAGGGCACUGAAGGGUGCAGGGACGGUGACCCUGGGCUCUGAGGAGGCACCAGCACAGGUAGGAAGGAGCCUUCUGCAGACAGGUCCUAUAGGGUCUCUUGGAAAGGCUGGGCCAGUCAGCUUAGGGCUCGUGGGGUCACUGGGACGGGGGCUGGUGAGCCUGGGGCCAGUGGGCUCUUCAGAGGAGGCAGGGCUGAUGAGCCCGGGGUCUGUGGGGUCUCCAGGCCCAGCGGGCCCCAUGGAGAUUGCCCCAGGGUCUCUGGAGUAUGUGGGGUGGGAGCCUGGGGCCUGCGGGGCCACCGGGGUGGGGGUGCUGGUGGGUAUGGCGCUGUCCCUGGAGCCAGGAACCAUGCCUUUCAUACAACUUGACCACGAGGACCUUCUUGCUGGUCUGGGACAUGUUGCUGUCUUCCCGGUGGGAGGACCAGAUCUGAUGGGCUUUUGGGUGAGUGUCCCAGGAGCAUUCCUCACCUUUGGCUCUCCUCCCACUGGAGGCUCUGGAUACCUUUCUGGUGCCCUGAGUUUGCAAACUGCUCCCCUCCUACCAUGGUCCUACAGCUCUGGGGAGCCCUAUACAGACACCGCACCCUGGCUGGGCUUGGCCACUGACCCAGAGGAGGUCUGGCCGCCUCCAGAGCUGGGGACAGAGAAGCCUGAGGGGGAGUCUGCACCCAGGGCCGGGAGGGGCCUAGGCGGCUGCAAGCGGAGACGUGCUGGCCGUGAGCGGUCCCUGGAGCUUCAAGGCUGGGCGGCCCAGCAGGAGGACGCCGUGUCGCAGUGAGCCCUGGCCCUCUCCUUGCUGGAUCCCCUGUGUUGGAGGCAGAAGAUGGGCUCCCAGGUGGGGGGCACUGGUGGCCAGGCCUGGCUGGUGGCGCGUGUGGCCUUUGAGCAGGAUGGGGGUAAGCCGGAGGGGGCACUAGGGGCGUUAGAGGUAUGCCUCCGGGAGGAGGUGGCGGGGUCCUGGGGGGCAUGUCGCCUGCAGAGCUAGACCCCGUCUGGAGCGGUGCCGUGGUGUGAGCACUGCCCUUGACGGUGACCGUGCCGUCCUCCAUGGUAUUGGGACACAGCGCUGCGGGCUGGCCUGCAGUCAGGGUUUGGCCUUCCUCUUGGCAGCUUCGGCCCCCCCCCCCCACCCCGUGAGGCUGUGCCCCGGAUGGGGGAGGGUGGGGUGGGCCAGCCAUCAGGGUCCAGUGCUCUAGCCAUGGCCCGGAACCCCUUCCUCUCCGGGCGUCAGCACCACAGCAGAGGCUGAAGGGGCCCUUGGACGGGCUGGAGUGUCUUCCCUGCCCCCCUGGAUGCUGCUCAUGGCAGGGUGCGCAUCGACUGGUCAGGUCCACGCUCCGUCUGGCCGGCCUCAUGACCUCCUGGGUCAUGGCCACCACUUUAGCCUGGCAGAGCCUGCGGGCUGACACUCUUGCCUGUGUCGGGGUUGGGGGAUGACGCAGCAUGGGGCUCCUGAGCCCUGGUUCCUGCCCAGA